UGUUCUCCGUCGGUGCAAAACGAUCGCGCGAGGUAGAUGCAGUGAAAACACAGCUUAUUAAAAUGUGUUGAGGUCUUUGUCAUCCAGCUAAAGCGAGCUCUCCGCUUCCUCGGAACCAAGGAAGUCUUUUUCACAGCGCAGACUUGAGUUUAGGUGGAUACCAACUACUUAACUCGAACUCAAUGGAAUGCACGGUGACUGCACGAAAGGCGACGUGCGGCACUCUCACAGAGAGUAGUCAGUUCCCGUUAGAUUGGAAGUAAACUUCUCCCAAAAGCCUUGUGCUCACACAUGUUUGUUUGAGUGACUUUUCGUUAUUUUGAGUUGUUAUCUGAUCAUUAUACCAUGCAGCUGCUCAUGCUCCAAUAGACCAACAACAUCAACGUGUCAGCAGAUUGCCGACUUCCCAGAUACUUCAAGAAGCUAAAGCGAUCGCUUGAAAUAUCGCUUUGGGAUAGGGAAAAUCACUCUCGUCGGCAAAAAAGAAGCCACUUCGGCGACGCUUCUCAGAGGUUAUUUUUUUAAUCUUCCAGAUGUGACUUCCUAGCUAUAAAUGUAUAUUUCUUUAUCUCUUAAAUCUGUGCUCUUGACGUUAAACGAUAGUUUUUUCGUCAAAUUGCUUGCUGGUCAUCGGCUGUGCCGACAAUCGAUUCUGAAGCGACUCUCUCUCUCUCUUGAUAGUUUCAUAAAAUAUUUUUGUGUAUGUACUUAAACCAAUAUGAAAAAGCCUUACCCAUCUGUUUCUGAUAUCGACUUUUGUGAGGAAUAACUCUAGUUAAUUCGUCUAAAUAAAUAAUUCUAAAUCUAGCUUGCGUAAAAACGGACGGACGGACGGAUUAACCCAACAAGAUCUAGGUCGCUUCAUAUUGUCUUCUUCCAUAAUAACUAAUGCUGUAACAACAGUAGAUAUUACAGCAUUCGUUUCUUUUCUUUAUAUUAUAUAUUUUAUUCGUUUUUACUAUCUGUUGUUUAAUAUUUUUGGUUUGUAUUUAAGCCAAUGUGACUGUAAAUUUAUACGCAGAUUUAUAUGACAUUAAUCAACACUGGGCACACAAAAUAUAAUGGUCUGAAAAUAGUAAAUAAUAAAUAGUAAAUAAAUAUAUCGUACACAAAUGUAAAAAUGCUGAACAAAGGACUUUUUUGACAAAAAAAAAGUGAUUGAUAAGGCUUAAAUUCGUUUUUGCUUAUAAAAAAUACAAAUUUAAAAAGUGUAUCAUUCAUUUAUCGACAACACAAAAAAGACAUUGAUUAUGUGAAACAUCGAUAGUAUCGAUAGUUCCAUUUGUGUUUCAUCAUCUCGCCCAUAUAUUGUCUUGCAGUUUCUGUUCGCAUCGUUGCAGCACAAAGGGUCCUUUUUACUUGCGAAUGUGUCUUCAUAAAUAUCUUAUAAUAAACAUAACGAUAAACCACCCUUGUUUGACGCAAAAUGACGAAUUUUAAAAUGUGUCGCAUUGCUACAAAAUGAUCGGCCGAGGCCGCUACUAUAAAUGUGUGCGUGCAGGCUAAAAAGGGAAAACCAAUUCUCAUCCAUAUGUUCGAGAAGGGUGCGCGCGCGACGGCUGAAAUAUAUAUGCUAGUACUUGCCCUCGAUUUACUUUUGCCACGAAAUACCUGGACCAUGUACACAAACGUACGUAUGUAGGAUUAAUACCAUACACGUUCAACAGCGGAAACAGGAUCAAAAUGUUAUUUGAGAAGGAUAAUAUUGUCUUUGAUGAAGAGGAAAACGAGAUGAAUACUCUUGAUAUAUAUGAGAAUGAGCGCCAGGGCAAGGUAUAUCCAUAUCCCUUUUUUCUGGCGGAUGAUGACACGUGGUACAGAAAUGAUGAUGUAUUCUCAGUGGCCUGUCCAGAAGCCAUUCCUAUUACCCAAAAGCCGGAGGCCGCCCACACCAGAAUCGGAACCACUCAUGCCACCCAUGCCACCCCUGCCGACGACCUUCCCAACCCGAUCUCCGCCGAGCUCAUCAUCUGCGACAGUAGUAGUAGUGACGGCGCCGACGUCGUGGCCAUCCAAAACCCUGUCACCUCCACUCUGAAGAGAUCAGCAUCGUCCUCCGUGGCUCAUAAGCAUUCUCAAAAGAUCAUUCUACAAAAGAGGCAUUCGACUCGAGAUACCCCGGAAUACAUAAGGCAAUUUCUGCCUUUUGAGAUGUUCAAACAGGCCUUCAAAAGAAGCGAUACCUCCCAACUAGAAAUCGAAGAGGAUAAAAGCGUUACCUCCGCAGUCUCAGGUUCAGUCUCAUGCGUCACCACCAAAAAGACCCUGAAUGCCGAGGUUCCCGACCCCAGCUUUGGCGAAAUAGAAAUCCUGACUAUUGACCAGGUCGAUAACAACGACACUAGUACUAGCACCUCCAACACCUCCACCACCGAAACGGAAAAAGCAGACCUCAUAGACAACGUUCGCAGUGCCGAAGACGAGACCACCAACGAAUCAACCAUCUCAUACUGUGAGGAAUCCAACAGCCCAACAGCCUCGUCCGGUUACCCUGUAGUUAGUACCACCCAGUUUAUCCCCUCGCCUGCCGGUGAAAAUAAGGCCCCUCGGAAAAGAGGACGUCCUGCCAAGGAUCAUGCGGACGGACCCGAUCCCCAACGCAUGUUGCGCAUGAACUCCAAAGAAAGAAAGGCCUACGAGGAGAGGGUCAAAAACAACGAGUCGAGCCGCAUGUCGCGUCGAAAGAAGAAAAAACGCGAAGAGGAGGAGAUGAAAGCUGAGGAGGACCUUGUGGCCGAAAAUCUGCGACUCCGAGAACUGGUCGAUAAGCUGUCGUCCCAGGAACGCAAGCUGAAGAAGUUUUUGAUAGAGCAGAAGAAGUAGCAAUUGCCUCAAGAUUCAUAAUUUUUAAAGCAAUUUUAUUUAGUACUCGGCGUUUUAUAGAAAAUAACUAUUUGUAAUGAAAAGGCGGGAGGUAUGUACUGUGAUUAUCCUAGCCCUAUUUAGCUUUAAUUUUCUGAAAACUCGGGUUGCUCCUCAUUCUUUAACAGAACAUUGAAUAUCAAACUAUUUUUUAACUCAUAGAUUGCAUAAUAUUUUUUUUGGCACAGAUUAUAGACCAAAAUAGAUUUUACAUUUUUUAAGACUGAUUUGAUUAUCUUAGGUAUAAACAGUCACUGACUAACUCUCUUCGAGCGCAGACGCCAGUGCCCAAUUUUGUUUUUUAUCUCUUUUAUUUUUGUUCCAUCCACACCACUCAUCGCUUAUAAAUGGUCAUUUAUUGUGUCACGUGCCUUUGAUAUGUAAUCGAAGGCACAUGUUUACGAAUCAAAGCUUAAAGUUAUAUGUUCUUAGCAAUGCUUUGCGACCGCAAAUUUAUCAUUAUAUAUUUCAUAGACCCUAAAAAUAAAGUUCAGAAUAUUUCUGCACA